CGCAGGGCCGCGGGGCGGGGGCGGCCGUGCAGGGUUUAAAUGCCCCGCGGGGGCGGCGCGGCGCUGCCGUCCCCGCCCCGCUCAGCUGACAGCGGGGCCGCCCGCCGGAGCCGCCGCUCGGUGCCCGCCUGCGCGGCCCCGCCGGGGCUGGGGGCGGCGCGCCGUGAGCCGCCCGCGGGCGCGCCCGAGCCGCACCGAGCCGCCGCCGGCAUGAGCGGGAGCGGCAACCCCGGGCCCGGCGCGGCGCCCUGCCGCUUCGCCCACUACUUCGUGCUGUGCGGCAUCGACGCGGAGAGCGGGCUGGAGCCCGACGAGCUGGCAGUCUUGUACCAAUAUCUGCAAGCAGAUCUCCAUGGCAAGAGCUCAGACACUGCAGACAAAACCUCAGGAGAGAAUUUCGACCAGAGUCCCCUAAGAAGAACCUUCAAGUCCAAAGUUUUGGCUCAUUAUCCUCAGAACAUCGAGUGGAACCCCUUUGACCAGGAUGCUGUCAACAUGCUGUGUAUGCCCAAGGGGCUGUCUUUCAGGACGCAGGCGGACAACAGAGACCCGCAGCUGCACUCGUUCAUCAUCACCAGGGAGGAUGGCUCCCGCACGUACGGCUUUGUGCUCACCUUCUACGAGGAGGUCACGAGCAAGCAGAUCUGCACAGCCAUGCAGACGCUGUACCAGAUGCACAAUGCAGAGCAGUACAGCAGUGUCUGUGCCUCCUCCUCCUGCAGCAUGGACUCCCUGGCCAGCAGCAUCGAUGAGGGCGACGCCACGUCCCUCGCCAAGCUCCAGCGCUACAACUCAUACGACAUCAGCAGGGACACGCUCUACGUCUCCAAGUGCAUCUGCCUCAUCACCCCUCUGCCCUUCAUGCAAGCCUGCAAGAAGUUCCUGAUCCAGCUCUACAAGGCAGUGACCUCCCAGCAGCCACCACCUCUUCCCCUGGAGAGCUACAUCCACAACAUCCUCUACGAGGUGCCCCUGCCACCCCCGGGGAGGUCACUCAAGUUUUACGGGGUUUAUGAGCCCAUCAUUUGCCAGAGACCUGGGCCCAAUGAGCUGCCACUCUCUGACUACCCUCUGAGGGAGGUCUUUGAGCUGCUGGGCCUGGAGAACCUGGUCCAGGUCUUCACUUGCGUUCUUCUGGAGAUGCAGAUCCUCCUGUACUCACAAGAUUAUCAGCGCCUGAUGACGGUGGCAGAGGGAAUCACAACACUGCUGUUUCCAUUUCAAUGGCAGCAUGUGUAUGUCCCCAUCCUUCCUGCCUCUCUUCUGCAUUUUCUGGAUGCUCCUGUUCCCUACCUGAUGGGGCUGCAGUCUAAGGAGGGAACCGACCGCUCCAAGCUGGAGCUGCCUCAGGAGGCAAACUUGUGCUUUGUCGACAUCGAUAACCACUUCAUCGAACUGCCAGAGGAAUUCCCGCAGUUCCCCAACAAGCUGGAGUUUAUCCAGGAAAUCUCCGAGGUUCUCCUGCAGUUUGGGAUCCCUCCAGAAGGCAACCUGCAUUGCAGUGACAGCGCCACCAAGCUCAAGAACUUGGUUCUUAGUGACCUGGUGAACGACAAGAAGAACGGGAACAUCCCCAGCAAUGCCCUCAACAUGUACGAGCUGCUGAAAGGCAACGAGACGAUCGCCCGCCUGCAGGCCCUGGCCAAGAGAACGGGCGUGACCAUGGAGAAGAUGACCAUCACCACCCCCCUCACAGAGGAGAAGGAUGGGAAGUUGUCAUGUGAGGAACUGGAGCUGAGGGACUACAAACUGAACGUGCAGCUACGCGAGGUUUUUGCCAACCGCUUCACGCAGAUGUUCGCAGACUACGAGGCUUUCGUCAUCCAGGCUGCCCCUGACAUGGAGUCGUGGCUGACAAACAGGGAACAAAUGCAAAACUUUGACAAAGCUUCCUUCCUUUCGGACCAACCCGAGCCUUACCUCCCAUUCCUUUCACACUUCAUUGAAACACAGAUGUUUGCAACCUUCAUAGACAAUAAGAUAAUGUCCCAAUGGGAAGAGAAGGACCCUUUUCUACGAGUUUUUGACUCCCGAAUUGAGAAAAUAAGGCUAUACAAUGUCAGGGCCCCUGCACUGCGGACAUCCAACUACCAGAAAUGCAGCACUUUGAAAGAAGCAGGUCAGCUGUCUAUUCAGCGUCUAGUUUUGGCAGAUAUUGUGGCACCAGAACCUCAUUUUCUGUCCUGUGAAAAGCAGCAGACUGAUACCCAGUCCAUCGAGCAGCGGCUGAUGAAGAUUGACCACACGGCCAUCCACCCUCACCUGCUCGAUAUGAAGAUUGGCCAAGGGAAAUACGAACAAGGAUUUUUCCCAAAGCUGCAGUCGGAUGUCUUGGCAACGGGACCCACCAAUAACAACCGCUGGGCCAGCCGCAGCACCACCACGCAGCGGAGGAAGGACCGCCUGCGGCAGCACUCGGAGCACAUCGGCCUGGACAACGACAUGAGGGAGCCAUCGGAGGAGCUUUUGCUUCAUCAGAACUCAAUGGCCUUCUGGGAGUGGGAUCAGGGACCACCCCCUCCUGCACGGCCUCCUAAAAAGUCCUUCUCUGAAUGCUGCCUGAAAUACAUGCAGGAGGCAAGGAGUUUGGGUAAAAAUUUAAGGCAGCCCAAACUGUCAGACCUCUCUCCAGCUGUGAUUGCACAGACCAACUGGAAAUUUGUGGAAGGGUUGCUGAAGGAAUGUCGCAUGAAGACUAAACGCAUGUUGGUAGAGAAAAUGGGCCAUGAAGCAGUUGAGCUGGGACAUGGAGAAGCCAACAUAACAGGUCUGGAGGAAAAUACACUGAUUGCCAGUCUCUGUGAUCUUCUAGAAAGAAUCUGGAGCCAUGGUCUGCAGGUCAAGCAGGGGAAAUCUGCACUGUGGUCCCAUUUACUUCAGUACCAGGAGAGAGAAGAGAAGCAAGAGCACAGUGCAGAGUCUCCAGUUGGUGGUGGAACAGAAAGACGAAAGUCUGAUACAGGAAUUACUCUGCCUACAUUGAGGGUUUCCCUGAUACAAGAUAUGAGGCACAUUCAGAACAUGAGUGAGAUAAAGACUGAUGUGGGGCGAGCCCGAGCUUGGAUAAGACUUUCCCUGGAGAAGAAGCUUUUGUCUCAGCACCUGAAGCAGCUGCUUUCCAACCAGGCACUUGCAAAGAAACUUUACAAGCGUUACGCUUUCCUGCGCUGUGAAGAAGAACGGGAACAGUUUCUGUAUCACCUGCUCUCACUCAAUGCUGUGGAUUACUUCUGCUUCACAAGCGUCUUCACUACAAUCAUGAUCCCUUACAGGUCAGUGAUAAUUCCCAUCAAAAAGCUAAGCAAUGCAAUAACCACAUCAAACCCGUGGAUAUGUGUGUCAGGAGAACUGGGAGAUAGUGGUGUCAUGCAGAUUCCUAAAAACCACCUAGAAAUGACGUUUGAGUGCCAGAACUUGGGGAAGCUGACGACGGUUCAGAUUGGUCAUGACAACUCAGGGCUACUGGCCAAGUGGCUGGUUGAUUGUGUCAUGGUCAGGAAUGAAAUAACAGGACACACGUACAAGUUCCCCUGUGGACGGUGGCUGGGAAAAGGCGUCGAUGAUGGCAGUCUGGAGCGGAUCCUCAUUGGAGAGCUGGUGUCCUCCACGUCUGACGAAGAGCUGGGAAAGCAGUGCCGCACCCCGCCCCAGCAGAAAUCCCCCACUGUGACUCGGCGGCUGAGCAUCACUUCCCUCACAGGGAGGAACACCAAGCCUAAUGCGGGGCAGAUCCAAGAGGGAAUCGGGGAAGCCGUGAACAAUAUUGUGAAACACUUCCACAAGCCAGAGAAAGAGAGAGGGAGCCUUACCAUUCUGUUGUGUGGAGAAAAUGGUCUGGUUGCAGCACUGGAGCAGGUCUUCCACCAUGGAUUCAAAUCAGCUCGCAUUUUUCAUAAGAAUGUCUUCAUCUGGGAUUUCAUAGAGAAAGCUGUUGCUUAUUUUGAAACCAGUGAUCAGAUUGGAGACAAUGAGGAGGCCCUUUUGCUUCAGAGAUCUUCAUGCAAAACCUUCUGUCAUUAUGUCAAUGCCAUCAAUACAGCUCCAAGGAACAUUGGAAAGGAUGGCAAAUUCCAAAUCCUGGUUUGCCUGGGGACAAGGGACCACUUUCUGUCUCAGUGGAUCCCACUGCUGGCGGAGUGCCCGCCCAUCACGAGGAUGUACGAGGAGAACGCUCUCCUCCGGGACCGCAUGACUGUCAACUCCCUUAUCCGAGUCCUACAGACAUUGCAAGAUUUCAACAUCAUCCUAGAAGGAUCGCUCAUUAAAGGAGUGGAUGUUUAGCAUGGCUCUGCUGAGAACUUCAUUACUCCUUUCCCAAACAAGCAAACCGCAAUUGGAGACCUGUCAGGACUUGAAUGCCAUGGUAGUGCACCACUGUAAGACCAAGCUGCUGGUGGAAGCAGGAUUGGGAAGCCCAGUUUGUGCCCGAUGGGGACUGCCCUCUAAAGCUGCACAAAGCUAAGAUGCAGUAUUGUAGUUUAUUUGAAACAGAAAUUUAGUACAAAAAAAUAGAGUAUUUUCAUGUGUUAGGUGUGUGUAAAUAUGCUAUCUUCUUUAAGAAAUUAUAUUACUCUAAGAAAUUUUUCUUAGACUGAAUGUUCUUGUUCUGACUAUGAGUAGCUUAAACCCAGGGGAAGGACUUGGGGGAGGGAGGGAAGGACCAAGAUGGGAAGGGAUGCCGCUACUUGUUUGCGAGGAAGAAGCCAAUCAACGUGUAAAUACAGGUGCAAACUCAGCAGGGCCUUUUUCAGGUAUUGCAAAUUAAUACAGCAAAUACCCUUAUGUGUAGCCAUUGUGAUCGUGUCACUCUUGGAAAUGCUGUAAGCAUAUGCUGGUUUACCCUACUGUACAUGGUCUCUCUUGGUUUGUUGUUUGUUCAAAGACUCGCCUUCUCAUUCCUGGAAGGAGCGAGUCGUCAUUUUUUUUUUCUGUAAGGUCUUUUGUGUCACUCCUGUUGAUCUCCAGAAGGGGAAACAAGUGUUGGAAUGCUUAUCACUGGAGAGAGGGACUGCUGUCAGCCUCAGAGCCUGAGAGGAUGAGACGCCUAUUGAAGCCUUGCUGCUGCAGCCUGAGAUGGGGAACAGUGGCUUGUUUGGCUCGCUCAGUGUGUCCCUUGCCUGUCUGGAUGUUCUCAUGAUUCACUCUCAGCCAGUUUGUGUUGUGGAUGACCUCUUUUUUUUUCUUCCCCCAUGAUGAGGAAUUUGGUUUAUACCAAAUUCUUGCUGUACUUGAGAAGAACCAUUGCUGUAGAGCCACAAACACUGCUAUUGCUGUGCUACCAAACUGUAUCAGCUGGCUUUGAAAUGCUGACAGGUUAUGAGUCUUCCUUUUUUCUGCAGAAUCAGUGUUCCUAGGGGAGUACAGGAUCUUGGAUGACUUUUUGUUUUCUUUAAUUAUCCAGCUACAAAAAUAAAAGGAAUUAAGCAAAAGGGGGAAAAAAUUUCUCUCACGGUAUUUUGAGGCUUCUUUCCCUACACUCUUUCCAGUUAAUGUGUUACUAAUACAGUGCAUAUACAGAGAUACAGCUCUUGAUCAGGAACUGGGAGCAACUGUAUGAUACAAAUUGAAUAAGAGAUUAUAUCAAAAUCACCUUGUGAGUACCAUGCAGCAGAUACAGAGUGUAUUUCCCAUCCUUGUGAAUGGGAGUUGGAAAGGUCUGCGGACACAGCUUCACCUGGUUUUAAUUUUUGGAAGUUAGUUUAAGUAUAGGUUUUUGUUUUCACUCCUUCAUUCCCUACAAUCUUGGGCAUUAGGUCAGUGGCAUCUUUGGAUGUCUCACUGUCAGCUGAGGCUUGGGAAAUGCCCCUGACUGGUACUGUGUGUUGUCUUGCUCUGUGUUCUCAAGUGGCAUUAGGAAGGGCUUGGCAGUGGUGGACAGUGGCAGGUCUUGGCAUAGUGUGCACAUGGUGGAAAGAGGGAUGGGAGAUAAGGAGAAGGAGAGAGGAUGAAAAUUAGGGUUUGCUUCCUCAUCUGCCUUCUGUCAAUCUAUUCUACUUUUCUGUAGUCCUUCUGCUGCCUGAUUCUUAGAACAGCACUCACUUCAGUGUCUAAGUUUCACCUCGGACUCCCAAGCAGAAGAAAACUUUUUGUGUAACUUUGUUUCAUUGGAGAGUUUUACCUUAUAGAAGUCAUUUUGUUUCUAAGAAAGAAAUAAAAUAACACUGUCAAGGACCCUUCCAUUUUAAUGAGGGUUCCAGCUUUCAAUAAUCGCUCAUUCCUCCUGAGCUUGUGCUUCCUUAAACUGACUGAAUUCAUCCCAAGUACUGCAGGCAGCACUGCCAUGUCACUGCUGUGGGUGUGAGUAACUAAUGUAAAGGCUGUGAAUGGUGUCUCGAGUUAGUAGCCAGAGCCCACAGCUGUGUGACAUCUCUCUUACAUUUCCAGAAAUGUGAAAUUUGGGGUGUUAGGAUUUUCUGUGUGGCCAGGCAUGUCUGCCUAAAGUCAGCAGAUGAUGCAUGACAACCCUUCAGCAGCAAUUGAAAUUGAGUCCCUGUACUUAACUCUAUCAAUGAAUUAUACAUUUAGCACCAGAAACCAUGUGGCAGCAUUAUUUGGUAAUGACUGCUUAGGAUGUUUUGAUUUCUGUGACAACUCAGGCCUUUCAUGUCUAAUAACUGCUAUACAGGAUUUUUUCAUGCGCAACCCAGUCUAAGUGACUUUCAUUAUAUAUAUAACCACCUCUUUAGUCCUUGGAUUUCUUCACAGCAUCAUCUGCAUUUGUGUGCUGGAUGCUUCCCAAAGUACACUGCUGCAGACUUCUCUAAAGGCUACGUAUGACUGGAGCAUUCAUCUGACAUGACAAGGGUUAAGUGCAAGCAGGAUAAAGGAGAAAUGUAGGCACCUCUAAAGGUCAUUCAUUUAAAUGAAUAAACCACACAGAGAGAAAAAAGGCAAUAACUACAUUAAGUCUGUCUUAAGUUAAAAGAAGUCAAAACCUGAGGAUUUUUAAGAUUCAAAUCAGGGCCUUUCCCCAUUUCAGACUACAUUAAGAAACCUUUAGCACUUAACUUCACCGCAGCUUUUUCAGCAAGUGUUGACUUGUGUGGUUUUGUCAGGUUUCACAUGAUGUUAAUAAUAAUACAAUAAAAAUUAUGUUUCCUUGUAGGCAAUAAACCAUCCCAAGAUAUGUUGAAAGGGGCACAGCUGAAUGCCUUGGAUGCCUAGAGUAGUUAUUUAACAACCUUGGGAAAACAGUUCUUCAUUGUGAAUUUUUAUUCUACCAUGUAUGAUUUUUAUUUUUUUUUAGUGGACUACUUUUGUUGAUUGGAAACUGUGAGGUUUUUUUUUUUCUGUGAGGUUUACAGAAAUCAUUCUACCUACUAGAAUGGUGAGAAACCCAUCAGGAUUCUUCUAAGCUAACACAGUUUUUACUUCAGUGUUAAAGCACCUUCUUUGGUUGAGAAAGGGAAUCUUGGAAAAGACCAAAGCUCUCUGGUAUCUGCUUUUUAAAAAAAAAAAAACAAAAAAAUUCUUAACCAAUGCCCAUGUGCAGAUGUCUGAUUUUGCAUAGUCCAGUUGUACUAACAGCCAGCAUGGUAACUUAAGGGA